AGGUUAUUACAAAAGGUGUUGAAGUUCCAGAACUAGAUCCAUGCUCAAAUUGUCUUGAGGAUUAUGUAAAAGAUCUCCCACAAUGCCCUGAAUGUGCAAUGGAAAUUGAAUCUAUUGGUUAUGCGCGUUAUUCUGGUACUUCUGAACCUAGUUCACAGGAUCGGGCACAGAAUACCUCAGACCCAAUGCAAAUUUCACCACAAAUGACAUCUAGUCAAAACCAGAAUACAGUAACCCCAUAUACAUCUCUUAUUUUUAACCCUACCUUAUCAUAUGACCCAACAUUGUAUCCAAAUUAUGUAGACCUUACCAAAAACAAAGAGCCUAAAUCUAAAAAAAGAUUACGUGAAGAAAGUGCAAAAAAAGAGCCUCCAAAUCUAAAAAAAUUAAUAGAUGAAUUAUCUACUAAAGAUCCAAAUUCUGCAAAAAAUAAUAUUUUUACACAAUCGGUAGCGAUACCAACCACUGAAAAUGAUCCCGAUCCAGUUAAUUUUCUCAACUUAUAUAAAGAACUUAUUAGUGCUGAAGAUGAUAAUAGAAAAUCGAACCAAGAAGUUAUUAAAAGAUAUUAUAAUUUUGGAUUAAAUCUUACGAAACGCCUAGAAUACCACAAGAAAUCUCACAAAAAGCAAGUUGCCAAAAUUCUAGUAAAUGACGAAGUUAGAAAUCAAAUUUCCAAAGAGGUUAGUGAUGACGCACUUAGAAAGAAAACAGAACGAGCACGAAAAAUUUACAAACUUUUUGAUGCCAUUGGUGAGGAUAAAAUGGUACGAGUUAGAUCUUUUACAGCGUUAACAAUUUCUAAGUUAAGUAAGGAAAAUAUCAAUCAUAUACCUGAAUAUUUUAAUCGAAGUUGCUCUAGGUGGAAUAUAGAGGAUUUUUUAGAAGAAUAUGAUGACAAAAAUGACUUAAGUGAAAAAAUAGGUAUUUACCUUAGAUCCCUUGAGGUCAUCGCCGAUAACGAAGAAGGGCAAAGGAGUAAACGAGCAAAGGAAUUGCUUCUAAAAUAUAGAGAGAAUAAUCGACCCGAUCGUCAAAAAGCACGGAACUUGAAUAAUGGGCGUAUUAGUGGUAACCCCUCAAUUAGCAUCAAUAAUUCAACAGUUUCUGGAAAUGUCCAAGGAAUUGUUUCGAAGAGAAAAGUAAUUAGUGAUGCCCUGGGCCAAAAGAAUAUACAAACAAAAAAGCAAAGACUACCGUACGUAGAACAAAAUAUUGAGAAUGAAGAUGUUAAGAAAGGACUCCCGUUAUUUUUCGAAUCCUCUCAAUUAUUAUCUUUGCAAGAGAUGAUUUCGGAAACUAUUAAAAGCAGUGAAGGUUUGGAUAUCAAGUUACUUAAAUGGCAACAACAUACUCUUCAACAAUUGUCUAGUGGAAUUUGUCACCCGUCUAAGCAAAAUAUUCAUAAUAUACUUGAUGAAUCGUUAGCAAUUUGGUCACGUGUUACAUCAAAGUUCAAAAAACUUUCAAUUCCAGAGGAAAUAAUUGAAUUUGUGAAAAAACAAAAGAAGCCUGGAAACAAUCGAAAGGAAUGCAUCUUAUGGGAGUUCUCUACUAAUGUAGAUGAAUUAACGGAAGGAACAUUUAUGAUGGAUUUCAUUGCGCCAUUAUUUAAUAAAACAGUUCAUUAUUUUAAUUAUACUACAUCACAUUCAUGGAUAGAUGUAGAAUCAAAAGCCUCCAAAUUACGCCGAGGGUACGGCCGAUGCCCUGACUAUAAAUUAAAUAAUAAAGAUGGUACACGAACAGGUGUACUUGCUGAGGUAACGAGUCCCAAACGUAAAGGUGAUGAGCCAAAAAUAUAUUGGGAUAUCUAUCGAGGAGCAAUAAACGCAAAAGACGAAAUAGACCAAGACAUAAAACAAAACGAAAUAUGUCCGGAUGAAGCAAAGCGAAUCAUCAUUUUCAUCGUCGGAUUUAAAAUGAGUGUAUGCAUCUUAGGCCUUUUGUCACCGGGUAUAUAUAUAUUGGCAGAAGUAGAUUCGUUAAUUAUUCCAAAAACCGUUAGGAACCCAGAGUCAAUAAUGAAAUUAUAUCAAAUUUUAAUGUCCAUCCGGGAUAACGCGUUAGAUAUAUUAGGUGAUCGAAUUUGUACUACUCCUCCUCAAACAAAUUAUUUAACGUGGUUACGUCCAACUGCCACCACCCCAGAUAAAGCAGAUAAUUGA